AUGGUGCUUCAGGGCGCGCGGCCUCUGUUCUUCGGCGAUGCAGCUCCAACCUUUCAGGAUCCCUCCUCCGCCUACCUCACCGCGGCCUCGCCAGCCAUGUCGUCGGGAAGCAGCAGUCACCGCAGCCCCUCCACCUCCAGCGACGCCAACUUCAUGCCUCCUCCGCCGCCUCCCCCUCCUCCUCCUCCUCCUCCUGCCUUCACUUUCCAGGAAGACACCGCCGUCGCCGUCCAGCAGCGCCGGCGCCGCCACCGCCCACCACCGCCCAACGUCCAGCAGCUCCUCGACGCGCUCACCCACCACCGCGUCAACACCAUCACCGAGCUGUGCCGGAUCGAGCGCGCGGCCGCCGCGUGCGCGAGCCCCGACGACGCGCGCGCCUUCCAGGGCCCCAUGACGCGCGCCUGGGUGCACUACGUCGUCGACAGCCAGCAGCUGCUCGGCGAGCUGCGCGGUCUCACCCGCGGCUACCCGGCCAGCGCCGAGCUGGUGCGCGAGGCGCACCGCCGCGUGCGUGAGGACCCGCGCAGCAACCGCUCCUGGAACCUGGCCUGGCUCUGCCUCACCCGCAUCCGCGACGACGGACUGGUGGCCGCCUAUGCAGUCGUCGAGGCGCGCAAGCCCUGCAUGUGGGGAGGAAGGGUGCCGACCGAUGACGAGGUGCUCCGGCUGAGCGCGUGCUUUGCCCGCGAGUGGACGCUGGCGGUCGCGGUCCUGCUCAAGCAUUGGCCCGUGGCGCCGGCGUGGUAUUGA